CGCCACAGCUCUCAAAACCCACUGCGGAAGAGUGCAGCCCCGGAAGCCCCAGCCCAGACACUGGAUCCUCCGUAGAGCGGGGCUGCACCGCCACUGCUUUGCCUCACCGGACAUCCUCACCUCCUACACUCUCAGCCUCUGCUGGAGAGACGCCCAGCCCCACCAUUCAGCGCGCAAGAUAUCCUCCAGAUAUGCCCUGCGUGCAAGCCCAGUAUAGCCCUUCGCCCCCAGGUUCCAGUUAUGCAGCGCAGACGUACGUCUCGGAAUACAACCCGGAGAUCAUGAACCCCGACUUUCCCAAGCUGACCAUGGACCUCGGGAGCACCGAGAUCACCGCCACCACGUCCCUGCCGAGCUUCAGCACCUUCAUGGAGGGCUACUCGGCCAACUACGAUCUCAAGCCCUCGUGCCUGUACCAAAUGCAGCCGGCGGGGCCUCGGCCCUUGGUCAAGAUGGAAGAGGGCCGCGGCCCUGGGUACCACCAUCACCACCACCACCACCAUCACCACCACCACCACCCGGCUCACUCUCACCCCCAGCCGCCGCCGCCGCCGCCGCAGGCCUCCAUUCCGCCCCCGCCCGGCCGCGAGGACGAGGUGCUGCCCAGCACUUCGACCAUGUACUUCAAGCAGUCGCCGCCGUCCACGCCCACCACGCCCGGCUUCGCCCCGCAGGCCGGGGGGCUGUGGGACGACGCGCUGCCCGCCGCGCCCGGCUGCCUGGGCCCCGGCCCGCUGCUCGAGCCGCCGCUCAAGACGGUGCCCAGCGUGGCCGGCGCGCGCUUCCAGCUCUUCCCCUUCAAGCCGUCGCCGCCGCACCCGCCCGCGCCCACCCCGGCCGGCGGCCACCACCUGGGCUACGACCCCAAGGCCGCCGCCGCCGCCGCUGCAGCCGCCGCAGCCGCCGCCGCCGCCGCCAGCAGCAGCAGCCAGGCCUCCGGGCUCGAGGCGCACCCGUUUAUGCUGCAGAUGCCCAACAGGUUCCCGCCGCUGGGCCUCGCCGCCUCGCCCGCCCCGUCCAGCCUCCUGGGCGACAGUCCCAGCCUGCCGUCGCCGCCCAACCGGGGCUCGUCGUCGGGCGAAGGCACUUGCGCCGUGUGCGGGGACAACGCCGCCUGCCAGCACUACGGCGUCCGCACCUGCGAGGGCUGCAAGGGCUUCUUCAAGAGAACAGUGCAGAAAAAUGCAAAAUAUGUUUGCCUGGCAAAUAAAAAUUGCCCUGUAGACAAGAGACGCCGGAACCGAUGUCAGUACUGUCGAUUUCAGAAAUGUCUCAGUGUCGGAAUGGUUAAAGAAGUCGUUCGAACGGAUAGUCUGAAAGGGAGGAGAGGUCGGCUGCCUUCCAAACCAAAGAGCCCUUUACAGCAGGAAGUUUCACAGCCCUCUCCACCUUCUCCUCCAAUCUGUAUGAUGAAUGCCCUUGUCCGAGCUUUAACAGACUCAACGCCCAGAGAUCUUGAUUAUUCCAGAUACUGUCCCACUGACCAGGCUGCGGCAGGCACAGAUGCUGAGCACGUUCAACAGUUCUACAACCUUCUGACAGCCUCCAUUGAUGUGUCCAAAAGCUGGGCAGAAAAGAUUCCCGGAUUUACUGAUCUCCCCAAAGAAGAUCAAACAUUACUUAUAGAAUCAGCCUUUUUGGAGCUGUUUGUUCUCAGACUUUCCAUCAGGUCAAACACUGCUGAAGAUAAAUUUGUGUUCUGCAACGGACUUGUCCUGCACCGACUUCAGUGCCUUCGUGGAUUUGGGGAGUGGCUCGACUCCAUUAAAGACUUUUCCUUAAGUUUGCAGAGCCUGAACCUUGAUAUCCAAGCCUUAGCCUGCCUGUCAGCACUGAGCAUGAUUACAGAACGACAUGGGUUAAAAGAACCAAAGAGAGUGGAGGAACUAUGCAACAAGAUCACAAGCAGCUUAAAAGACCACCAGAGUAAGGGACAGGCUCUGGAGCCCAGCGACAGCAAGGUGCAAGGAGCCCUAGUGGAACUGCGCAAGAUCUGCACAUUGGGCCUGCAGCGCAUCUUCUACCUGAAGCUGGAGGACUUGGUGUCUCCACCCUCCAUCAUUGACAAGCUCUUCCUGGACACUCUGCCUUUCUGAGCAUGGGCAAGUGGCUGAACAGCCGCAUCAUUAGCACCUACGGUGAAGCCGCCGUGUAGGGCUGGGUCUGGACACAUACCAGUUUCUGUCCGGAAGAGAAAAGCCACUCCAAUAGGAAAGAAAGACUUUUUCCCCUCUUUCUGGCACUUUUCCUUAUAACUUAACGCCAGAAAACUUGCAAAGUAUUGUGAUGGGAUUAUGUUUUCUAUUUAGGCUUUGGGGUUAGGGUGGGAGGUGGGGGUCUAGUUCAUGAGGGUUUUCUAAGAAAUGGCUAAUGAAGCACUUUUGGAUGGAGGAGAGGAAAAAAAGGAUUAUAUAACUGUUUUUGAACCUCUUUCUGGGGAAUACUAUUAUAGUUGUUUUGUAUUUAAAAAGAACAGCCAAGAGUUGUUCAGCAGGGUAAGAUGUGUCUUGAGAUUGAUCCUUCUAGAAUACACUUUUCUGAGUCAAGGGUAUGUUAUGUGGUGCAAACAAGGCAGAAAUUCCCUCUUCUUAAUUUCCUUCUUCCUUGAUUCCUUUGUUUUUCUUUCAACAAAUGGUUCUGAAAGAUGUUAGAUAACCUAGAAAUCAAAUAUAGCAAAGUGAAAAUGGCUGUUCGCUUCCAUAUACAAGUGCAAUUUAAAAGUGCUGUCUUACUUAGUCUUGUUUAUAAACUCUCCUUUAUAUUAUAUGGAAACAAAAAGGACGUAGUCACAUGAGCAAAUGACAUGUUUGCUAAUUUUUCUAGAAGUUUUGUCUUACUUUCCCUGUUGAAUCUUUCCGAGGUCUGGGCUAUCCAAGAUUUUAGGCCAUUCUGGGUGGUAAUAGAUUCCUGCUCUGACUAUUCAGCUGUGAAGUAAGGGGCUGAUAUUAGAAAAUGGAUCACAUACAGAUGUUCUGGUUGGUUCUGUCAACCCAGCUAA